AUGGUUCACCAAAAUGUAUUCCUCAUCAAAAUUAUCUCUGGUAUUCUUAUAACAUGUCUCGCUUUCUUUGUCUUCCGAUUUGGUCAAUUCUCUCCGGUUCAAGUGUCGGUGAACGGAAACUCCGAUUCCCAAUUUCCGCCGCCUUCUGUUAUCUUGUCGGAUAACGAGGAUCUUCUUCCCGUUGAUAUUGAUGUGGAGAAGUGUGAUCUCUUCACUGGGAAAUGGAUCAAAGACCCUUUGGGACCAAUCUACACAAACGGCUCUUGUGGUAUAGCCGUAGAUGGUCACCAGAAUUGCAUCACUAAUGGCCGGCCUGAUUCCGGUUUUCUCUACUGGAAAUGGAAGCCUAAUGACUGCUCCUUGCCUCGCUUUGAUCCUCAGAGAUUUCUUCAACUUAUGAGGAAUAAAUCUUGGGCUUUAAUUGGUGACUCCAUUUCGCGUAACCAUGUCGAGUCUUUGCUUUGCAUGCUAUCUACAGUUGAAAAACCGGUUGAAGUGUACCACGACGAGGACUAUAGAUCAAAGCGUUGGCUUUUUCCUUCACAUAACCUGACAGUAUCCAACAUUUGGUCACCCUUUCUUGUUGAAGCCGCCAUUUUUGAAGACUCAAACGGUGUAUCAUCAGCUGCAGUCCAACUUCACCUUGACAAACUCGACAAGACAUGGACUGAUCUCUUCCCGACCCUUGACUAUGCUAUCAUCUCUUCCGGGGAAUGGUACCUGAAAACCGCAGUCUACCACGAGAAUGCUACUCUCAUCGGCUGCCAUGGCUGCCCGGAAGAGUCAAACAUGACGUAUUUAGGAUUCGACUAUGCUUACAAUACAUCAUUGCGUCAUGUUAUGGACUUCAUAGCAAGAUCUAACACUAAAGGCAUGAUCUUUUUCCGCACUUCGAUACCCGAUCACUUUGAAAAUGGAGAAUGGCACAACGGCGGGACUUGUAAGAGAACAGAACCAGUGAGCGAAGAAGAGGUUGAAAUGAAGGUUGUGAACAAGAUCUUGAGAGAUGUAGAGAUUAGUCAGUUCGAGAGGGUGGUUAUGGAGAUGGGUGAGGAGACCGGGAAUCUAAAGCUUUUGGAUUUUGCUGGAAUGUUGCUGACUCGACCCGAUGGUCACCCCGGUCCAUACCGCGAGUUUAGGCCGUUUGAUAAAGACAAGAACGCCAUGGUACAGAACGAUUGUCUGCAUUGGUGCUUGCCUGGUCCGAUUGAUUACUUAAACGAUGUCAUAUUGGAGAUCAUAGCUAAUGGCUGA